CCCAUAAUAUCCAUCGUCAUCAUGUCUGUCGCCAAAGAAGCCGAAAUCGCCAACGCCAAGUAUGCAGCCUCUUUUACCAAAGGAGAUCUAGCGCUUCCCCCACAGCGGAAAGUAGCCAUAGUGGCAUGUAUGGACGCGCGCCUGGAUCCCGCUCGAGCCCUAGGUCUCGAAGAAGGCGAUGCACAUGUCAUCCGCAACGCAGGUGGUCGAGUAAUCGACGCACUACGCAGCAUCAUCAUCUCGCAGCAGCUUCUCGGAACCCGUGAAAUCAUCAUCGUGCAUCACACGGACUGUGGAAUGCUGACCUUUACCGACGAGGUGAUCCGCGACAAGAUCCGCGCUGACCUGCAUCAGAAUGUCGAUCAUAUUGCUUUCUUGCCUUUUGGAGAUCUGAGGCAGAGUGUUCUUGAUGAUGUAAAACUGUUGAAGGAGAGUCCGUUGGUUUUGGAUGUCCCUAUCACGGGUUAUCUGUAUGAAGUUGAGACAGGAAAGAUUAUUAAAUUUUAG